AUGGACAGUAGAGGUGGACGAGCAGCGGCUGUGGCGGGUGGCGACCAAUGCGAGGGGGCGGACAGCAACAAGGGGACGGACAGCAGAUGCGGAGGAGCAACGGCUGUGGUGGGUGGCGACUGGCGCGAGGGGGCGGACAACAGAGGUGAAGGAGCAGCAGCUGUGGUGGGUGGCGACCGGCGCGAGGGGGCGGACAGCAGCGGCGGAGGAGCAGCAGCGGCAGCGUCAACGCUUAGGGAGGAAUCAAAGAUGAAGGGACCGAGCGAGAGGGCGGACAACGUGAGGGGGGACAACGAGGGUGGAGGAGCAGCGGUUGUGGCAGGUGGCGACCGGCGCGAGGGGGCGGACAGUGGUGGAGGAGGAGCAGUAGCAACGGCAAUGGCAUCAAUGCUCUGGGAGGAAUCGAAGACAAAGAGAUUGAGCGAGGGGGCGGACAGCAACGAGGGGGCAGACGACAGAGGCGGAGGAGCAGCGGUUGUGGCGAGUGGCAAUUGGUGCAAGGGGGCGGACAACGGCGGAGGAGGAGCAACGGCGGCGACGUCGACGCUCGAGGAGGAAUCGAAGACGAAAAGAAGAGACUAA